AUGUUAAGAGACUUAAACCAACCACAUGGUGGUGAAGCAAAUGAAAUGUCAUAUGACGACAAAUAUAGACACUUCUCCAUGGCAAAGAUGAGACAAGUUUUAAAUAUUUACAAUAACCGUAAACAAAAAGGUUUGGGAAACCACUCCCCCGAAGAAAUGAAAAACAACCCUGACUUAGAGAAAGACUAUAUAUUUAAUAAUUUAGUCAAAAGAGACAAACAAGAAAGAAUGCCGGGCUUCAAACUUCAGAAAGGUGACAAAGUAAAAAUAGAAAUACCUAAACGCGACCCAUAUGAAAAUACUAUUGACUAUGACAACAAUGGGAACCCGACAGGUACUCACAUUCGUGUUCGUAAAAAUAGAAGAAAGUAUACAAGAGAAUAUUAUGAAGUUUUAGGCAAACAUGGCAAAAUGUACAGACUGCAAGCAGAAGAUAAAACUACUAUUGUCAGACCUCGUUUCAAACUUGUCAAAGUUCAAGGUGGUAUACUUUCAAAGACAGUUUCUAACAAAUAUAAGACAACUCCUGACGAAUAUGCUAAAGAA